AGUUCAACGCCUUGAAGAUCACAUGACACACCCACAGUCCCUGAACUCACGCUCACUCUGUUGAGUCACAGGAGUUUGUACGAGCUUACCACGGCAGAUGCCCCGAUGAGAGAACAAAGGCAUCAGCCUUGAGUCGUCGGGUCGACCACAUCGCCGUCAGAGCACCACAACCAACUGCCCCGCCAGCAACUGCCUGCCUAUAAACCCUUUUAACUUCGCCUCUUCGGCCUCCACCUGUGGCCACCACCACGACACCUCCUCGCCUUGCCCACACCCCGGCCACGUACGGCUCUGCCGGAGCGGGCGGGGCCGGCGAUAUAAUGGACCUCGACGCCGACAUGAUCCCGACCUCCCCCUCCGCCGACUCCUCGCCCUCCUCCUCCGACCUCGACACCGAGUCGACGGGGUCCUUCUUCCCGGACCGGAGCACGACGCUGGGGACGCUGAUGGGCGUGUCGGCGUUCGGCGAGCGGCGGGCAGCGAGGGCGCCGGCUGCGGGAGACGAGACUGCGGAGGGCGCGCAGCGUGCUGCGCCGGACAGGGAGGAAACGACGAGCGUGGGCGUGUGGCUGCGCCGUCGUCGUCGGCGGCGGCGGCGCGGGCGCGGGCGCAGCCUGGGCGGGAGCUGGUGGCGGCUGUGCCGGGACCACGGCGACGGCGGCGGGCCGCCGACGUCGCUGGGCGAGUUCCUCGACAUGGAACGGCAGCUCGCGGGCGCGGACUUCCUCUGCGACGGCACCGGUACCGGCGGCGCCUCAGGGCGUGAGACGGCCGCGGCCGUGGCGGCCACGGCGCUGUUCGAGGACGGCAGAGUGCGGCCUCCGCAGCCCGCGGCCGCCGCUGCGGCGGAGGAGAGGGGGAGGUGGCGGCUUCUGCGGGCGUCGGAAGGCUCGUCCUCGACGACGACGUCGUCGUCCCUGGCGCGGCUGCCGGUGCUUCUCACCGGCAUCUGCAGCGGCGGAGCGGGGUAACAUAACUACCGGACCAAUGGCAAUGGCUCUUGCAAAUUGCAAUCAAGUUAAGUGGGCUGUGGAGCAGUGGAGUUGACGCUUCUUUAAUCAAGCCCCUUUGUCCCCCCAUCUUUUUGUUCUUCUUUUGCCAUUAAUUAUUCCAGUUUGGUCCCUUUUGCCAUAUGAUGUUCCAUUUGAUGAUGUACCUUUUUUUUCUCUUAUUCCCUCCCCUUUUGCUCUU